CUAGUCAUAACAUUUCCAUCUGUAAUGAAGAGAACCGUCUCUUCGCACUAACAAAAUCACGCCCAAGUUCAAUGUACAUCAAACUCAAUCUCUCUCUAAGAACAAAGGAAAACCCUCACUUUGCACAAACAAAAAAUCACCAAUCACCAUGGGAGAGGUUGACCCAGCUUUCAUCCAAGAACCUGAACACAGGCCAAAAAUCUCCUACAUCGAAGGCCAAGGCAUCCCAUUAAUCGAUCUUUCUCCUAUACACUCCCCUGACAAUGUUUCUGCCAUUGAAGGCCUUGUCAAAGAGAUAGGCAGUGCAUGCAAGGAGUGGGGGUUCUUCCAGGUGAUCAACCAUGGGGUGCCUUUAGAGAAGCGCGAGAAGAUUUAUAGUGCAUCGAGAAAAUUCUCUGCGCUGAGUGCGGAAGAGAAGAGUAAGGUGAGGAAGAAUGAGAAAAAGGUGUAUGGUCACUAUGACAAUGAACAUACUAAGAAUGUUAAGGAUUGGAGGGAGGUGUUUGAUUUUACCAUAAAUGAUCCCGUUACUGUCCCAGCCUCGCCUGAGCCUGAUGAUGAAGAAGUCACGGAGUGGAAAAACCAGUGGCCUCAGUAUCCACCUGAGUUAAGGGAGGUAUGCCAAGAAUAUACUCAAGAGAUGGUAAAGCUAGCUUACAAGUUGAUGGAACUUAUUGCUCUGAGCCUAGGCUUGCCAGCAAAUAGGUUCCAUGGCUUUUUCAAAGAUCAAACCAGCUACAUCCGACUCAAUCAUUAUAAUCCUUGCCCUGCCCCUCACUUAGCUCUAGGUCUUGGUAGACACCAGGAUAGUGGUGUCUUGACCAUCCUUAACGAAGAUGAUGUUGGAGGAUUGGAAGUGAAGCGGAAAACAGAUGGAGAGUGGGUUCGAGUCAAAUCCGCCCCAGAUGCUUAUAUCAUCAACAUUGGUGACACUACUCAGGUUUGGACCAAUGACGAGUAUGAGAGUGUGGAGCAUAGAGUGGUGGUGAACUCAGAGAGGGAAAGGUUCUCCAUUGCAUUUUUCUUACACGCAUCAUCCUACACCAUGGUUGAGCCCUUGGAGGAGCUGACAAGUGAGCAAAACCCUGCUAAAUAUAGGGCAUACAGCUGGGGCAAAUUUAUAACUCACAGAAAGCGGAGUAAUUUCCAGAAACUCAGUGUUGAAAACGUCCAAAUUAGUCAUUUUAAGAUAUCAAAGUAAGCUGUAUUGUCUAUUGGCAACUGACAAGCAAUAACAUUCAGCUUCUUGUAGAAUGUUGUACACAAGAGUUGAGACUUUGGAUGCAUAAUGUGACUCCUCUCAAGGACGAGCAAUUCUGUAAAUAAUAACUGGUUAAUAUGCAUUAAUAAACUUGCCUUAUAUGGCUAGAAGUUGAAGUUAUUGCUUGAUGCUGGUGCAUCAGCGUAGUAAUUUCAUAAAAGUUGAUAUCUGAAUAAACCCAAAUUUCUCA